AAUGAAACGCCGUAUCAGAGAUUACUGGGCACGUCGGGGGAUUUUGAAUUUUCAGCAGCAUCACUAUUGUCUUUCCGAGCGAAGUGGCAAAAGUACCGCUUUUGGGUGAGUUCGGAUUUCUAGAUACAACUUUUUUAUUUGUAGCAAGUUGGUAAAGCAGAUAGUUAAAUUGGACACAAUAUUGUUUUGAACAAGUCCGCUGUGACUUUUACUUUGUUUACAUUCGAUAUGAAUAACAGUCUAGCUAGCGCUAAAUUAGGCUAGCCAACGGUAGUUUGACUAGCUAGCUAGCUAGUUAGUUAGCUAUCUAAGCUAAAGUGCAUAAAAGCAGAGGAAUAAUAUAUUUGAUAAAAGGCAGUAGAGUUAUACCUCAGUCAUAACCAAGACAUAUGAUUAAAAGCGAGUCAGUAGCAGAGAGUUUGAUUUUUGUUUUUGAAAGUUAAUGAUUCUCCACUAACGAAAAGUAUGCGAUACAUUUUAUUAAAAUUAUUGCUAAAUAUCACAUCCAUAAAAAUACAUUUUUAGGGAAAAGACCAUCUUAUUCAGUAUUUUUUAAGGUGUGCUUAAAUAAUUACUUUGGCACAUUGAAUAGUAUGCUCUGUAAGAAUAAGGUAUUUAAAUCAAUUGAUACUCUUAAGCUUUUCAAAAAAGAAGUUGAACUUAAAAACCCUGUAUGAGUUUCUGUUUUUAUCUGUUUGAUAUUUUGUGUAAAAAAUAAUAAUUACGAAGGAUGUAUAGAUUUUUAUAACACAUUUGAAUUUGUAUCCUUCAAAAUGUAUGGAAUUUCAAUAUUAGCAGAGAACUUGUAUUCAUACGUCCUAAUAGUUAGUUAUGCAUGUAUGUGAACUGUGAUGAUCAAACACUAUUUACUGAGUCAAACCUGUCAGCUAAACUUUGUCACACUAGUAGCCCUAUAAAUAUGAUUCCAAAUUCCUUAUCAUUUUAUAUUAACUUUCACAUUUGGAAAUUGUAAAAAAAUAAAUAAAACAUCAAUAAAAAAAAAAAGACUAUCCAAAUUGUGACAUUUUAUAUAAAACAUAAUGAAUCUAGCUUACUAUUUAACUAGCACUGCCUCCAUUCAAAUAUGCUCAGCAAACUAACAUCUCCCCUCCCAGGAUAUGCUGGUUGAGGCUUGACAUAGCUAGCUACAGAUAUUGAAGCAGGAUGAGCUGGGCAGUGGAGGAGUGGAAGGAUGGUCUUUCAGGCAAAGCCCUGCAGAAGAUACAAGAGAUUGAGGGACAGCUGGACAAGCUGAAGAAGGAGAGGACUCAGAAACAGUUCCAGCUCGACGCACUGGAGGCUGCUCUACAAAAACAGAAACAAAAGGUUGGUGACUUAAGUUAUGAUGUUGAAUUCCAAAACAUUAACUAUACUUUCUCCUAGGGGGAAUUUGUGUUUUGGCAUUCAGUUUGUGUGUUUGACAUUCAAAGUUGUGUGUUCUCCAGGUUGACAGUGAGAAGACCGAGGCGUCGGCUAUUAAGAGGGAGAACCAGGCCUUAGUAGAGUCAUGUGACGCCCUGGAGAAGGCCCGUCAGAAGGCGACCCAUGACCUGGGGGUCAAAGUGCAACAGGUCAGCAACCUGGAGGGUCAGCUCGGCACCAGCAAGAAGACCAUAGAACGACUGGAGCAGGAACUCAAGAAGUGAGUCGUUUGCUCAGUACUACUGUACACCAGGGCUGUACCAGAUAUACGUUGGCUUUGUGCACAUACUGUAGAUGGUUAGCUAGCCUAGGAAUAGGAUAGUUUAAAACAUGGUAAUAACACUGUAUUCCUCUCUACAGAUAUAAGAAUGAAAAGGACCGUUCUCAGCCCUCCCACUCCUCUGAUGUACAGUCCUACAGCACUCCUCAGAAGACCUUGGCCACUCCUGCUGCUACCCCCAGCUUCAGACAGCAUGGUAGAGCCCACUUCCUCUGUGUAUUUGUCAAGGUGCAGUUGUUGCCAGGGUUCCAUUUAAAACCAAAAAGUAAACAAAAUUCUGAUUCCAAUUCCAAAUAUUCCUCUUUGAAAAACAUUGGAGAGAAUUUCAGUGUACUUCCUGAAUUGACUGGAAUUUAAAUGAAAUUGACCCCAACCCUGGUAGAAGGUGCCAUAACUAGUAUAAUCUGUCUGUUUUAAAUGCAUGGUCAUGGUGUGAACAGUUUCUCUCCCUCCCAGACUCCAGGCUGGAGGACCUUCAGGAGAGACACAACCAGGAGGUGGAAGAGAGGAAGAGACUGGAAGCCGAACUCAAAAUCACACAGGUCAAAGUGAGUUGAAAUGCUCAGUAGCACCACCACACAGUCCGAUGCAGUGCAGGGGCUACAACUGGAGUGGUUUUGUUAGCAUGAUAAUCCACUAUGACACUCUGGAACUGAAAGGUUGCUGGUUCAAAUACCCGAGUCGACAAGGUGAAACAUCUUUCGAUGUGCCCUUGAGCAAGGCACUUAACCCUAAUUUGCUCCAGGGGCGCCGUACUACUAUUGCUGACCCUGUAAAAUAACACAUUUCACUGCACCUAUUUUUAUUUUUUAUUUAACCUUUAUUUAACUAGGCAAGUCUGUUAAGAACAAAUUCUUAUUUACAAUGACGGCCUACACCGGCCAAACCCGGACGACGCUGGACCAAUUGUGCGCCGCCCUGCGGGACUCCCAAUCACGGCCGGUUGUGAUACAGCCUGGAAUCGAACCAGGGGGUCUGUAGUGACGCCUCAAGUACUGAGAUGCAGUGCCUUAGACCACUGCGCCACUCGGGAGCCCACACCUAUCCGGUGUAUGUGACAGUAAAACAUAUAUACCUGUUGAACCGGUCAUAUAAGCCAAAGCGUUGUUGUUGCUUUGAAAAAGCAUCACAAAUGGGAUGUACAGAUGCGGUCAAAAGUAUUGGCACCCUUGCAUAAUUCACUAUUUCUUCUAAAAUAGUUUGAAAUGGAAAAAACUGUUGGUGUUUACAGGUGUAUUUGUUUGAUUUACAACUGCAGAGGACCAAGAAUAAAAAAUCUAAACUGAAAUUGUGAUUUUUCACUAAAAAAAAUAUUUUAAGUAAAAAAAAUGGCCUGCACUAAAUUAUUCUAAUUGGAGGCUGAUUCUCGUUUAUUCUGUAAUUUAAUUCACCUGUAGUGCAGGUGCCUAUAGGUAAAAAUAGCCAUUCAACCAUUUACAAAUAAAAGUAACAAAAUAUAUACAACAUUCUGCUCCGUUGUAAAUUGCACGGGUGCCAAUAUAUUUGACUACGUAUGUAUGGUAUAAUACUGGUCCCUGCCGGAUUUCACUGCGUUUUUGAAAAAUAUUUGUGGACAAAAAUGCUUGACUUUGCUGUUAUUAAAAAAAAAUCCAAUUGUCAAAAAAAUGCACUGAUGGGGAAAACGUUUUUGGGCGUGACUUGAUUAAACCAUUUUGUGCGGUGAUUAGUUAAAAUUGCGAGCCCUCUUUUUGUAAUGCGGUGAGCAGACAGUUUUAUGCUGUAAUAUUGCAGUGAUUUGUCCAAUUUGCAAGCCCACGCGUAAUAUGCGGGGAAUUGUUGGUUUUGCACACCAAAAAAUUGCAACUGCUGGAGGGACUGUAAUACGAUACGUAGUGAUACGUGGUUCUGUCUCGUUUUCUAGCUGUUGAACCAGUCGUCCGUCAGUCAUAAGGACAUUGCCGCCCGGCAACAAGCAGGCUCCUCCAUAUUCCCAUGGCAACAGCAGGACAAGGGCCGCCAGUCCCAGGACACCAUUGAAACGCCCCUGACGAGACGAGCAGUGGGCGGGACAUCCACUGGCGGCUUCCUGUGGAACACAGAGGAUACACCAAUCAAACCCAUCCAGCGAAUCAGCACAUCUGUAUCCCAGUUUGACUCUGAUGGCUCCUCCUCCCAGCAGAUGGAACAGCUGAGGACACUGAAUCAAGGUUAGGCCACGCCCUGUUAUACUAAUAGUAUUGUUUACAAACCCGGGCCGGGUCACAGUCAGUAGGCACAUUCCUGGCCGGGUCACAGUCAGUAGGCACAUUCCUGGCCGGGUCACAGUCAGUAGGCACAUUCCUGGCCGGGUCACAGUCAGUAGGCACAUUCCUGGCCGGGUCACAGUCAGUAGGCACAUUCCUGGCCGGGUCACAGUCAGUAGGCACAUUCCUGGCCGGGUCACAGUCAGUAGGCACAUUCCUGGCCGGGUCACAGUCAGUAGGCACAUUCCUGGCCGGGUCACAGUCAGUAGGCACAUUUGUGAGAAAACGCUUUGUAACGGAAAAACAAAAUGUUCUGACUGGAGAAACUCGGGAAGUGUAGUCACGUCUCCUUGUUUCUCAAUGUUUGGUCCUGUUUUUUUUUGUCCUGUCAGAGCUGAAGAGUAAAGUGUCUGAGCUGGAGCAGCGUCUGCAGUCACAGGAGAAGGACACGAGGCUGCAGAGCGGCAGGCUCCAAGAGCUACAAGGCCAGCUGGACCAGGCUAGGAGAGACCUGACAGACAGAGACAAGACCCUGGGCAAGAGCAGGGAUGAACUUAGCAAGGCUACCACUCAGCACGAACAAGCUGUCGCCAAGGUAGAGGAUAUGUGGAGUAUUAAAAAAAUAACAUAAUUUGCUAAUGCAUACCUGUUGUGUUUCUGAGGGCUGUUUUGAACACAAGUAAAUGAAUGAACCAUUACUUUGUCUCCUCCCAGUGUGUGUCAGUGGAGCAGAAAUUGAAGCAGGUCUCUGAGGAGAUGUCCUGCCAGAGGCACAAUGCUGAGAGCUGCAGACGAGCUCUGGAACAGAAGGUCAAGGACCAGGAGAAGGAGAGCCAGAAGGUUUGCUGCUUUUGUCCUUUCAGACUUUGUAGUUGAAAUUAAUACUGUGAAUCCACCUGUGGCAACUUCAAUCUCUGUUACCCAUGUUUGUUUUUUGUGGAACAGCUGUUGCUGAAAGGAGGUGUAUUAAUGUAUGUUUCCUUGUGUUUGUGUGUAGGAGCUGGCCCACCUCCAGAACAGCCACCACGCCCUAGAGCAGCAGUUUAACCAGACCAAGACCAAGCUGAACCAGGAGAUACAGCAAGCCAAGAAAGACCACAACAUCCUGCAGGCUGAGAUGGACAAGGUAAUGUAAUACGUUGUGAUUAUGGGCUGGAGUUAUUCAUUUCUACACGUUACUGCCAACCACUCAAAGAUCACUUCCUGUUACCAAGUAUGUCAUUUCCCUCCCUGCCCUCUGCCAGGUGUCAUGCCAGAGGAGCCAGCUGGAGAGAGACCAGGAGGAGCAGAAACAGAAGCUGCUGAGGUCGGAACAGAGCCUACAGGCCAGCCAAAACAAGGAGCAGGACCUCAGGAAGAAAUUUGAGGUGUGCCAUGAUUUAUGGAAUUUCUCUUUAAACCUGUUAUGUAUUCCUCUGUAACGUGUUCAUUUGUGGAAAAAUGUGCUGGACUAAAUAAACCAAAAAACACAAUGAAACCACACACACACACACAAAAAGUACUAUUUUAUUAGAUGCACACAAUGUUUCACACCUAGCCUGGGUGGUCUUUUUUUUGGGGGGGGGGGGGGGGGGGGGGGGGUAGAUCAGCUUAAAAUUGCAGAUAGAUUGUAACUUCCAUCAAUGUAAUUGUCUGCAUCACUUCCAAUCCCCCAUGUUUUUUUAUAUAUAUACUCCCCUUUAUUACUUUUCAACCCCUGGGUGGUCUUUUGAGGAAAUGUGUACGUCCUCCAUCUUGGAACCAGAGCUAUGCUCCAUCUUGAAACCAGAGGUAAUCUGAUUGUGUGUUUAACUUGUCCAGGAGAUGCAGAGAGAGAAGAACGUUGUGAGCGCCCAGCUGGACCAGGGCAGCAAGAGGCUGUCUCAGCUGGAGGAGGAGAGGAAGACCUCUGAGCAGAACCUCAAACGCACCCAGAGCAUGCUGGAUGACUUCAGAGGUAGGUUGUUGUUGUUUCUUUACCUUUAUUUAUCCAGGUACUCAUUGCGAUAAAAUCUCUUGUUUAAGAGAGACCUGGUGCAUGGUCUCCAAACCUAUCUAUUAUGAUUUAGCAAUGUAAAAAAAAAAAUAAUGUGUUUGAAAUACUAAAUUGUGAUGUGUUUGAUGUGAUGUGUUUGAUGCCUUGUCAUAUCUCUAGUUUUAGCUUCCUCACAUUAGAUGUUGUUUCUGUUUGGCUGUUGUUCAACAGCCAAAAAUGAAGCCCAGUGCGACGAGCUGAAAGGACUUGUCACUAAACUGGAAAGCCAGACCAGAUCGUCAGCCCAAGAUCUAGAGAACCUAAAGAAAACGCUCGCAGACGCAGAGACCAAGAAUGACAAGACUCAGAGUGAACUGAAGACACACAAACAGGAAGUGGAACAGAUCACAAACAAACACAACGCUCUGGAGAAGGAGAUCCAGGAGCUGAAGACAACCCUGACCACCACACAGAGCGAGUGUGUGCAGCUGAAGAAGGAGUACGAGACACUUCAGGGAUGGAAAACAGAGAAGGAGACACUCGUUAAUGAGACUGAGGCUGUGCAGCAAGGCUUUGCUGACAAAAUCACUGAGCUGGAGAAGAGUCUGGGCUCGUUGAACGACGAUAACAGUGGUCUAAUGGAGCAGCUGAAGACUCUGGAUGCUGAGAAGGCUUGUCUAUCGGGGCAAGAUCGACUCCCUGAAGGGAGAACUCCUCAACAAGUGCACCGACCUGGAGGAGAAGGGCCACAUGUACGAAGAGCUCCAGAAACAGCUGGAGGAGUCUGACCAGAAACACUCCAAUGACCUGGACAACGUUGGGUUACAGGUGACCCAGCUGGAGGGACAGGUGAAGGACCUGGAGUCCAGGCUGCAGGUGGAGACUGGCAGGGCGGAGCGGGCCGAAAGGUCUCACACUGUUCUCCAGGAGCAGUACCAGGCGGCCUGCGACCUGGCCCGGUCUAAAGAUGCUCUGGUGGAGUUGGGCCAGAGCGAAGUAGCCCAGCUCCGGGAGAGCCUGGCUCAGAUCACGGCCCUGCAGGAGGAACAGCUGGCCAGGUUUACCCAGGAGAAGAGCACCCUCCUGAAGGAGUGUGAGGAAAGCGUAGCGGCAAAGGCAGACGAGGCUGAGCAGGCCAAGCUGAGCCUGGUUAAGAUUCAGCAGGAGCUGCCAUUCCUCCAGGACCAGGUGGCUUCGCUGGAGUCCAACCUGAAGAUCCAGAAAAGUUUGGGUGUUGCCCUACAGGCCAAGUAUGACAACCUUGUCAAUACUAAAGAGGAUCUUGUGGAGAAGCUUUCCGAGGCAGAAAAGCGAGGGGAAAGUCUUCAGGGUGAAGUCAAUAGCCUCUCAGAGCAGGCGAAGACUGUCGGCUCUCUACAGGAGCGCUGUGAUAAUCUGACAGCUGCGGCACAGGAGACCAUAAGCGCUCUGCAGAACAUGACCGAGACCCUGACCCAGACUGAGACAGAGCUGCAGACACUGAGAGACAUGGUUGAGAAACUGGAAGCUCAGCUGAGCGAAGCUGAGACAAAGGCCUCAAAUCUUGAGAGGGACAAGGCAGAGAUGGUAGAGAAGAUCCAAAGGGAAGCUGAAGAGGUUUCUGUGAAGUAUCAAAGCCUUCAGGACUCCCAGGAAGAGGAGAGGAAUGGUUUGCUGAAGAAGAUCUCUACAUUGAAGCACAGACUCGCUGAGAAUGACGCUGCUUCCACCCAGCUGUCUUCUGAUCUGAAGAACUCCCUAGAAGCGCUGCAGAAGACCCACUCUGCUGCCGUGGAGCUCAACUCCAACUUGGAGAGCAGCCUGGUGGAGAAAACAAACCUAAUCUCCUCUCAGGAGAAGGAAGUCAAAGAGCUCUCAGAGAGACUCCGUAAGGAAACCGAGAGCCAUGUUACAGAGAUGGAGACUUACCUCCAGAAACAGAGAGGCCUGAAGGAGCAGCUUGAGAUUGUAAAGAGCCAGCUGGAGAGUAAAAGCCAGGAGGCAGCCGAGGCUGAGGAGAAGUGGGAGAGGGCCUCACUAGAACUGUCUAAGCUGAGAGAAGAUUUGUCUUCUGCCAGAAACAGUGUCGAUGAGAAAGGCCGUAAGAUCAAGAGUCUGAAAGAGAGGUUGAACCAGGCUGAGUCUGAACAAGACAAAGCUACCGAGGCCCUGAAAGAGAAGGUCAUCAGCAUGAACAAGAUCAAGGUCCAGCUGGAGAUGCUUCAGAUGGACCUGGAGGACAAUGAGGCCUGCAUGAACUCCUUUGACACCCAGAUAGAGGAGCUCAAAGGAACCGUGGAGGAACUCCGAGGAACCGUGGCCUCUCUGGACGGGAGACUGGAGGAGAGCGCGACGCAGAGGUCCACCUUGGAGACCGAGCUGGGCUCUGUCAAAGAGCAGCUGUCAGAGAAGAGCUGUGAAGUCACCCAGCUGACAGCAAGUCUCGAAGACGCUCGCCAGCAGGCAGGUUUAGUGGAAUCACUCCAGGCCACUGUCGAUGGGCUGAUGGAGACUCUGGAGGAGGUGGUUAGAAAACACAGCCAUCUGGAGAUGGACAUCAUUCAGCUCACUGAGGAGAAGGAGCAGUUGACUGUGGAGAAGGAGUAUAUGACUGUGGAGAAGGAGCAGUUGACUGUGGAUAAGGUGCAGUUGACUGUGGAGAAGGAGCAGUUGACUGUGGAGAAGGAGCAGUUGACUGUGGAGAAGGAGCAGUUGACUGUGGAGAAGGAGCAGUUGACUGUGGAGAAGGAGCAGUUGACUGUAGAGAAGGAGCAGUUGACUGUAGAGAAGGUGCAGUUGACUGUGGAGAAGGAGCAGUUGACUGUGGAGAAGGAGCAGUUGACUGUGGAGAAGGAGCAGUUGACUGUGGAGAAGGAGCAGUUGACUGUGGAGAAGGAGAACGGGAGACAGUUGACUGUGGAAGGAGAGUGACUGGAGAAGGAGAUUGACUGUGGAGAAGGAGCAGUUGACUGUGGAGAAGGAGCAGUUGACUGUGGAGAAGGAGCAGUUGACUGUGGAGAGGCAUUGACUGUGGAGAAGGAGCAGUUGACUGUGGAGAAGGAGCAGUUGACUGUGGAGAAGGAGCAGUUGACUGUGGAGAAGAGCGUUGACUGUGAGAAGAGAGUGACUGUGGAGAGAAGGGAGCAGUUGACUGUGGAGAAGGAGCAGUGCUGUGGAGAAGGCAGUUGACUGUGGAGAAGGAGCAGUUGACUGUGGAGAAGGAGCAGUUGACUGUGGAGAAGGAGCAGUUGACUGUGGAGAAGGAGCAGUUGACUGUGGAGAAGGAGAUUGACUGUGGAGAAGGAGCAGUUGACUGUGGAGAAGGAGCAGUUGACUGUGGAGAAGGAGCAGUUGACUGUGGAGAAGGAGCAGUUGACUGUGGAGAAGGAGCAGUUGACUGUGGAGAAGGAGCAGUUGACUGUGGAGAAGGAGCAGUUGACUGUGGAGAAGAGGCAACUCGAGGCUGACUUGCAGAGGCACGGUCUGAAUGCUGGAGACGAGAGGGACGCGGUCAAACAGGAGAACGAGUGUCUCCAGCGUACGCUACAGAGCCUGACGGAGAACUACGAGGCUGUUCAGGCUGCGUUUGAGAGAGCGACCCGGCAGAGCGAGGACCAGGCCAGAGAGAGGCUUGGAAAGUUUGAGAGGGAACAAACAGAGCUCCACCAGAGACUGAGUGGACUGCAGGGUGAACUGGCCCUGUUCAAGGAGCAGUAUGACAGCCUGAUGACACAGGUAAAUCGAAAAGAGAGAGAACUAAUUGUUUAUGUAAUUUGGGGAUUUAGUUUUUACUGUUUAUUUUACCAAGCAGGUCAAAUUCUUAUUUACAAUGAUGGCCUGUAUUGUAUAGGUCCUUGGGAGUAAAAUGUUUUUAGGAAAUUGAAAUGCAUUAUAAUUAUUAUGACAGGCAAGUCAGCAGCAGUCCCUCAUAGAGCAGCUUCAGACCAAGAGAGACCAGACGGUCUGUACAGGAGCGGUGGACGGACCGACUUCCAGACAGACGUCAGGCUCCUUCGUCAACGUCAGCUUACCCCUAAAAGACGAUACUGAGGAGAUGAAACCCACAGGUUUGUUGAUGAUGAUAUGUUAAGACAUUGAAUUUGUAGUAGCUAUGCUUUCCAUUUACACAGAUGUUGAUGUACAUGUUAAUAUAAUAAUAUAUACGCUUUUAUCCAAAGUGACUUAGGAAAUGCUAUUGAUGUGGGGGGGGGGGGGGGGUUCACAAUGAUUGACUUUAUUUCAUUGAUCUCAUCAGCGGCUGAGCAAUCAGAUGACCUCCACAACUCUGAGGUACCUCUACAGCCAGGGAGGGACCUCAACGAUGAGCCGGCUGAGGAGUCCAGUGACUGCAUGGAUGAAGUCCCUGUAGAGCAGCAGAAAGCACUCCGUGAAAGCCUAGAUAAUGAUGAUAUGACCCUCAGGGGUGAACAUCCAGCAGUCUCCAGAACUCCCCCUGACCAGGACCAGCUGGACCAGAGCAGGGAGGCGGUCAGAAAGCUAGAGGAGGAGCUACAGACUCUCCACUCCCAGCUUGACCUCGCUACCUCUGAGAUGACCCUCAGGAAGGAGCUGUGCUCCGAGCUGGAGGUCAAAGUUGAAGGGUUAGAGGUGAAGGUCCAACAGAUGGAGGAGGAGAGGUGUGGUGCCGCGGAGAAGAUUAGCGCUGCCCUAGUGGAGAGACGGACGCUAGGUUGGUUUUUAACAAUAAACCUAUCUCUUCAAAACACACCUUUGUUGACCCCCCCCAACGCCAUACUGUUGUACUUGUCUUUCUUGCACUAACACUUAUUAGCACUGAUUUGGCUUAUAGCUGCUUUUAUGUGGAAGGUUUCUACUCUCAAUAACGGUGAUACGUGAUUGUCUUACCUACCUUAGUUUAAUGCAGUAACUGUAAGUUCCUCUGGAUAAGUGUUCGCUAAAUGACCAAUAUGUCAAAAAGGUUGCUGUUUCAAUCUUUUGUCCUGUGUCCUGUGUAUUAUCAUUAAAAGGGUGUUUUAAUGAUGACAAUAAAAUGCAUUUAUUAUUAUCAGGUGACCAGAUCUCAGAGCUGACAGAGGAGGCAGAGUCCCUGAGACUGGAGCUGCAGACCUCCAAAUGUCAGCUCUCUGAUGUCAUGGAGAUGCUGGAGACACUGGAGAUGGCCAAAGGUAAGGACCAGAAACCCAAAUUGUGGAACUCUGGAAAUGACAAAUUCUAUUAUCUAAUUUAAUCUUUGUAUUAUGCAUCAUUUGAAUAGUGCUAGCAUCUAAUUGGUUCCAUUUUAGUGCUUUGGAUGAAUUAAGAGGUUAUGAUUCUUCCAUCCUGAAGGUGGUUGGGGCGAGAGGUUCUUCCAGGUAGAGAGCGAGCUGAAGAGGGUUUGUUCUGAGAAGGCCAAUCUGGAGAAACACAUCCUCUCAAUGGAGGCUGAUCUGGAGUGCCUGACAGAGCAGAAAGUCAAGCUGGAGGGAGAGAGAGAGGCUAGCCGCAGGGCUAAAGCAAACCUGGAACAGCAGCUGGCCACCCUCACCUCAGAGAGCGGACAGCUCAGACAGGAGCUCGUGUCCUGCGCUGAGGACAGAGACGAGCUGGAACGGUCAGUGUCACAGUGGAGGGAUAAGGCAGAGAGUCUGGAGAAGACAAACGUGGAUACUAGAGAGGUUAUUAAGAUCUUAGAGGAAGAUAUCAGAAACGGGAAGAGAGAAUCUAAUGUGGCGUCUGCUAACCUGGAGAGUCUGCAGAAAGAGAGAGGUCAGCUGGUGCUGCAGUGUCAGACACUAGAGAAGACCAUCACUCUGCAGAGCGGGGAGAAGGAAGACCUGAUUAACCAACUGAACAGCUUUAAAGAUAACCAGAGCUCUGCGAGCAGAGACACUGAGUCCAUGGCCUCUAAGAUCCAGUCUCUGGAAGGGGAGAUCUCUAGACUAGCCCAGUCUCUGGAGUCUUCUCUGCUAGAGAAAGGAGAGAUAGCCUCACGCCUCAACUCUACCCAGGAGGAGGUGGCCCAGAUGAGGUCGGGCAUCGAGAGGCUCCAGGUCCGCAUAGAGUCAGACGAGAGGAAGAAGAAACACAUAAGUGAACUGCUGAAGGCUGCCCAGAGGAAAGCUGAUGCUCUUCAGGACCAGAUAGACAAACAGGAGAGAGAGAGGGAAGAGGCUGACCAAAACCUAGAGGAGGCUGUGCUUCAGGCUGAGACGGCCAUGGCCCAACUAGAAGAGUUUGAGGAAGAGAAGAAGGAACUGGCCAAGAAGAUUGAGGAGAUGACCGCCGAACUGGACAGCCUGAGAAAUGAGAAGGAGAGGCUUGAGGGAGCGCUCUCCCUGAAGAACGCAGAGAUUGAGGAGAUGACCACCGAACUGGACAGCCUGAGAAAUGAGAAGGAGAGGCUUGAGGGAGCGCUCUCCCUGAAGAACGCAGAGAUUGAGGAGAUGAAGGCAGCAAACCGAGCUGCCACUGAGGAGCUGGAGAUUGGGAUGAGAGAGGCUGAGGAGAAACAGAGGGCAGAGGUGGAGGGGUUACAGGCCCAGCUUGGCUCUGUGAGCUCUGAGCUGCAGACACGCAGAGAAGACCUGGAGGGGGAGAAGGAGAGAAUGGUGUCUCUAGCGGCGGAGUGGGAGAAGGAGCGGGAGAGGCUGCAGCACUUAGUAGGGGAAUGGAAGACUGAGGGGGAGAGGCUGAAGAAAGAGGUGGAGCGACUGCAGGCUUUGGAGGUCGAGUGGGAGAAGGAGAGAGAGAUGCUGACUCUGAGAAUGCAGGAGGAUGUGGAGGCACAUCAGAGAGAGAUGGAGGACUUCAGAGAGAACCACAACACCCUGCAGCAAGAGAUCGAGAAGCUGCAGGCGCUACUGUCUGAGUGUGAGCAGAAAGAACAGGCUCAGUCUGCAGAGAGACUAGAACUACAGCAGCAGGCAGAAAGCUAUAAGGUCAGUGGGUUGAUAUAGUCAUAUUGUAGUCCUAUUGAUAUCGUGUUGAAUAGCCUAUAUUCUUAGUAUGUGGGGUUUUCAUUCAUACGAGACAGGAAUGAUUUUGGUACUUUGUUUGGUCUUCUUUCUAACACACUACUGACUCCUCCCUGCGUCUCCUCCCUAGUUAUCCCUGGAGGAGGUUACCUCAGAGAAGGAGGUGCUGAAGGCACAGCAGGAGGAGGAGGUGGCAGCCCUUAGGGGUGAGCUGACCUCGGAGAAGGAGGUGCUGAGGGGACAGUUGGCUGCAGCGGAGGAGAAGAUCAGAGGUCAGCUGUCAGAGCUGAGCAGCCUGAGAACCAGAAUGGAGGAGCUCAGAACUUCCAUCACGGAGCAGGACAGCAGCAAACAGGUAUACAGCACUUGUCACAUUGUGUUGCUUUACAGCCUGGAAUUUCAGUGCGUUAAAUUAGGAGUGAAAACCACUUAAAAACAAUUGAUUCAACCAAAAAAAAUCUGUAAGUGAUUAUUAUGGUGACUAAUAUUAUUUCUCUCUGGAGGUAUCUGAGUUGAGCUCCAGAGUGGUCCAUCUGUCUAAGCAGAGGGACGCAGCCCUCAGUAAGAUGAGUCUGUGGAUGAACUCCUGUAAACAGCUGGAGAAGGAGAGGGAGGCUCUUGUUCUGGAGACCCAGCAACUACAGGCCAGCCAGACACCAGGUACCAUUAUCUACUACAUCACCAUCAAUAAUGAUUUAAAUAUCAUUCAUGUAUGAAAACAGUAGGGCCCCCAGAAUUUAACCCUGGGGAACCCCACAAGAAUACUUACACAAUCUGAAGUUAUUUCAAAUAAUGUAACAUCAUAUAGAGUUAAUUGACAGGAACAAUGCACAUUAAUCAUAAUUUCUGUAAACGUUGCUAAAACACAGAAUUUCUUUUCUUCCUCUCAUGUAAAACACCUUUAAUGUAAAAUCUUCCUGUAGUUCCAGCUGGUGAAGGGAGCAGUGAGGAGGUGCAGACUGAACUCAAAGAGUUGAAGAAAGCUCUAGAGGAGAGGAGUGAGGAGGUGCAGGAGCUCAGCAAGACUCUAGAAGAGAGGAGCAGGGAGUUGGAGGUUCAGAAGAGGAGCAGUGAGGCUGAAUUGGAGGAGCUCACUGAAUCCUUGGAGGAGAGGAGCAGGGAGGCGGACGAGAGCAUGGAUAAAUACUGCAGCCUGAUGGUCCGUGUCCACAAGCUGGAGGAGACCAACGACAUGCUGAAAACACGCCUGGAGCGCCUUGUCACGCAGACCGCUAACAACACGGCUAGCAACACGGCUAACAACGCUAGCAACACGGCUAACAACGCUAGCAACACGGCUAACAACGCUAGCAACACGGCUAACAACGCUAGCAACACGGCUAACAACGCUAGCAACACGGCUAACAACGCUAGCAACAAAACACCCAGGAGAAAGUCAGGCAGGAGGUCAGCCGCCAGGGCACAGGAAGCACUCAUCCCGUCGGCUCUCGUGGAGGCAGACUCUGAGAACACGGUGCCUGCUGGUCAGGGGUCUUUGGGGAAGAGGGGUUGUGGUGCGCUAGCAGCUAGCGACAACAGCAACACUCCAUUUAAAGCCCAAGAGGCCCUGCUGAACACUGCCAAGAGGGUCAAAGCAACGGCAACCACGUCCAAACCAGGAAGUAGACAGGAAGAGGAGGAGUUUAGGCCAGAGGGACUUCCUGAGCUGGUGCAGAGAGGUGAGACCUGGGAACAUAGUGUAUGGAUGAUGGAUUCCAACAACAACUUUGUUCUUAUUGAAGCAUAAUAACCUGAGCUACUACUAUCAGCCUCAAUUUGUCUCUCUCUCUGUCUCUCAGGGUUUGCUGAUAUCCCUCUAGGAGAGGCCAGUCCCUAUAUCAUAAGGAGAACCGCAGUGCAGCGCUGUAGCCCUCGUCUGGCCGCCGCACGGCACACUGCCACCACCCCCUCUGCAGCCCCCCAACACAAGGUGAGUUUUACACACACACACAGAGCACCUGCAGAUUGUCACAUGCACCUAGCAGCCAGAAACAAAGGCCCACACUGCACACAAAACACACACCCACACCCACAGGGGGCAGCAGAGUCCAGAAGGUGAGCCACACUGCAGUUAAAUUACACUGAGUGUCAUUGGCCAGCUGAGAGUGACAUAAGUCCAGAUAAACAAUGUGCCAUGGGAGAGAUGGAGAUGGUUAUAUUCAGUCAGUCAGCCAAUUUUUUUUAUUUGUAUUUAACCUUUAUUUAACUAGGCAAUGCAGUUAUGAACAAAUUCUUAUUUACAAUGACGGCCUACACCGGCCAAACCCGGACGACGCUGGGACAAUUGUGCGCCGCCCUAUGGUACUCCCAAUCACGGCCGGUGGUGAUACAGCCUGGAAUCGAACCAGGGGGUCUGUAGUGACGCCUCAAGCACUGAGAUGCAGUGCCUUAGACCGCUGCCCCACUCGGGAGCCCAGCCUAACCUGGGUCACAUCUGCAAUGGGGACCCUCUUUUCUCGGCUUAGAAAAUCACUCUUGACUACGGCUCGCUGAAGACCUGAUAACAUACACGUUCACUCACACACACUCAUGUCAGUAGCUAGGUUUACAUCCAAUUGGCGACACAUUUUCAUGCGAAUAUUCUAAAAUCUGCAUAAAACGAUAUGCACAUUUUCCCACCAGAGAUGUUUCCAUCAAUUUUGACUUGUUGUAGAUAAAAGGCUGUGUGAUGACGUAGUGCACAUACAAAUUACUUCUGCUAUUAAAUUCCUGUGUACCCAAUAAAAUAAAAAAAUGGCUAAAUGAGUUUCCAUCGCAUUUCAACUCUACUUAUGGUUUUGUCACAAAACAAUUUGCGUUAUAUAGAGAAUGUGCCCACUGGUCUUAGCAAGUGCGCUCUAGCCAACAGCUCGCAGUGAGGGAAGGCUACCUACAUUAUUAUUUUUAUAUGUCAAAUGACAACCAAGCAUUGAUCAUGUAACCAGAAUAAGACCCUCAAUAUUUAUUGGAAAGGAGCAUCAAGUUCAUCACCGUGCACUUUCACCAUCCUGUGAAGUUCAUCAUAACUGAUUUAAUUUGUAGCCUAACUGCGUGCUUUCCCUAGUCGUCGUGGGAGGACCACACAACAUAUCAUUGUGUGACCGCCAUUUCUGGCAUAAUUAAUUUUACAGACACAGAAAGAUGCCACCAUGUCAAAUGAACUAAUUGUCUGCAUUUAUAGAAUUGUACCGGCAUUUCCUGUUUCAAUCAGCUUUUUCCUCUCUCGGGCCCAUUCAGGAGUAGCACUGAAAGAACACCCUCUCCAUAACUCCGGUUUAAUGGAAGAUCACAUGCAUAUUGGGGGCAUAUUAACUUGUGGUGAAGCCUCCCUGUGGUAGUUGCAGAGCUCAGGAGGUUGGUGGCACCUUAAUUGGGGAGGAGGGCUCGUGGUAAUGGCUGAAGUGGAAUUAGUGGAAUGGUAUCAAAUGCAUCAAACACACGGUUUCCAUGUGUUUGAUGCCAUUCCAUUUGCUCCGUUCCAGACAUUAUUAUGAGCCGUCCUUCCCUCAGCAGCCUCCUGUAUUGCAGAGGGACUUUGUUAUACUGUAACUAGCUCGUCAUACCACCAGGUACCUUAGAAGCCGGAGGGGUGGACCCUUUAACUUUAGGACGACUGGAAGAGUCCACUCAUGUCUCUGUCCAUAACAUGUCCAUUAACCCUGCAGGUGCUGGAGCCCCUGGCCCUCCAGAGCCCUGCUGGCAUGGCAACUCUGUCUGACAGCCCUGUUGGGAAAGGCCUGUGUGUUAGUCCCGCCUCCAGCGGCGAGGAGAGGCGUGGCCGUCGGUCCCUGAGCACACGGAAGACUCCGGAACAGAGGGAGAAACGCAAAGAGGCCAUGAUGACAUCCUCACGCCAAGAGGAGAACUGCCAAGUGCAGUAA